UUAAAAUUCAACUUCACCGCCUUACUGUCUCUAUAUAUUAUGAGUUAUUGAUAGAAGUGGAGGAAGAGAUUUCGUUUUACGUUCAUUUCAUCUCAAAAUCAUGGAUAAGGAAACUCAGACAAACCCUUCAGACACAACAGGGAAACCCAUUCGGUGCAAAGCUGCAAUAUGCAAAAACCCAGAAGAAGCUCUAGUGAUUGAAGAAAUUGAAGUAGCUCCACCUCAAGCCUGGGAAGUUCGAAUCAAGAUACUCUGUACCUCUCUCUGUCACAGCGAUGUUACCUUCUGGAAGAUGCAAAAACCUUUUGGGAUUUUCCCAACAAUUUUCGGGCAUGAGGCAGUCGGAGUUGUGGAGAGUGUUGGGGAGUUUGUGGAGGAAGUAAAGAAAGGGGACAUAGUGGUUCCUGUGUUCUUGGCAAACUGUGAAGACUGUAAAGAUUGCAAGUCAGAGAAGAGCAAUAUCUGCUCAAAGAUACCUUUCAGUGUAAACCCAGGAAUGCCAAGAAGUGGAAGCAGCAGAUUUAGAGACUCAAAUGGUGACGUGAUCAACCAUUUCUUGUUUGUUUCCAGCUUCUCUGAGUAUACGGUUGUGGACAUAAUUCAUCUGGUCAAGAUCACUGAACCCAUCCCUGUGGACAAGGCUUGCUUGCUUAGCUGUGGCAUUUCCACUGGUGUGGGGGCAGCAACAAAAAUAGCCAAAGUAGAAAAAGGGUCCACAGUAGCCAUUUUUGGUCUAGGAGCAGUUGGACUUGCGGUUGCAGUGGGAGCAAGAAUGAGUGGAGCUUCAAAAAUCAUUGGUGUUGACCUCAAUCCUGAAAAAGCUAAGAUAGCAAAGAAAUUUGGAAUCACAGACUUUGUGAACCCGAAGGACUGUGGAGAGAAACCCAUCGGCGAGGUGAUUGCGGAAAUGACUGAAGGAGGUGCUGAUUAUUGCUUCGAAUGCAUUGGCUUGGCUAAUGUGAUGGCAGAUGCCUUCUCUAGUUGCAGACCUGGUUGGGGGAAGACGGUGAUAUUGGGUGUGGAGGUGCACGGGGCACCCAUUAGCGUCAACUCCCUUGAGAUCCUCAGAGGAAAGAGCAUUGCUGGUUCCUUGUUUGGAGGAAUCAAAGCCAAAUCUGAUAUUCCUCGCCUCGCUAAAAUGUAUCUUGAUAAGGAGAUUCAAUUGGACGAAUUCAUAACUCAUGAGGUGGGCUUCGAUGACAUAAAUAAAGCUUUUGAUUUACUCCUCCAAGGGAAGAGUUUGCGUUGCUUGAUUUGGAUGGACAGAUAAAUAGAUACCUCCAAUAUGCAUGAGCUGCCCAAUCUCUCUUAAUGUUUUUUUUUCCCCUUUCCUUUUUAUAUAUGAUCUUAUUAAAAAAAAAAUUGUUUGUUACUGAUUGGGUAUCAAUGCUAUUCAUCCAAUAAAUAAUAAAUGAUAUUUUGGUUUCA